AUGCACGCGGAGCGAUUCAUUAACCUUUCUCCGUUGAGUUUGUUGGCUAAUACGGUGGGGCUGUGGUUCAAAGACGUUCGGACGCACCCGCCGAUCCUGUUGCGUUUCCCACCGCCGAGGGAACCUGAGGGCUCAAAUACGCUAUCGGUAUCAAGUGUGGGUGGGUCUGGUGUUGGUACCGACAGAAAUACCUACUCGAAGACCACGAUCAUCUCGCUGGAUGGUCUGAGCAACGGCGCAUCGCCCUACGCCUCCCUCGAUUGCGCAAUCUCUAUCCAACGACAGACGCAAAUGCGGGCUCUGCCGAACCCCGCAUUAGAUGUCGACCUAAAGUUUUUGAAUCUCCAUCUGGCUCUGCGCGUGAAAGAGAUCGUAGCAUGCGCAGAAGCGAUGUGGGAGUGGGUAAGCGAGUUUCAGAGAGACAUGGGGAGAACGGAUGGGGUGUAUGGCAAGAUCAUUGGGUUGACGAGGUCGCAGUUCGAUGAGCUAUUGUUGAGGUUUGAGCUGGAUAUGAGGGAGCACAUGGGUCUCGGAUCUGUGCUCGAGGACCGGUUCAAUUGGAGUAUGAUAUCGGGUCCGACACCGCAGGAGAAGCGCUCGUUUGACACUGCGUGCGAGAAAUGG